UCAAAACGUUUCCUAUUCGAUUCAUCCAUAUCUAUUAACCAAUAAAUACUUGUCCAUAAACAUAAUGAACAAAUUAAGAAUGUGAGUUUAAUUACAAAUCAUAGUAAUAUCAAUAUGAGAUGAAACCCAGAAGACAAGAAUGAGCCUGAGAAGUGAACAGCUAACUACAAAAUACACUCUCUGUUCUGUGCUUUUUUUCUAUCCAAUCCCAAUGUUUUCAUUAGACCAAAAUACCCUCCAAUACAUAAAUCUUUCCUCAGGUGGAAGGGAAAUGCCGAAAACCACCACCACCACCACCACUCCUCCGACGAUCAAACCGGAAAACUACGCCCACAGCCCCGUCCACUACGCCGUCGUAUUGGCUGACCAUACCACUCUUUCUACAAUCAUCUCCACACUCCCCUCCCCACCCGACCCAUCUCAAAUUCGAACAGACUCAGACUCCCUCACGCAAGAACGCAUCGCCGACUACAUCUCCACCGUCCUUGACCGCCGCGACGUCCCUUUCAGAGAAACCCCUCUCCACCUCGCUGUCCGUCUCAACGACAUCUUCGCCGUCCGCGCACUCGCCACCGCCGGCGCUGACGCCUCCCUCCAAAACUCCGCUGGAUGGAACGCUAUCCAGGAAGCACUCUGCCGCCGCACCUCCGACUUCGCCCUUGUCCUCCUCAACCUCCACCACCGCAACGCCUGGUCCAAAUGGCGCCGCCGUCUCCCCCGCGUCCUCGCCGCACUUCACCGCAUGAGGGACUUCUACAUGGAGAUGUCGUUCCAUUUCGAGAGCUCCGUCAUUCCCUUCGUCGGCAAGAUCGCGCCCUCCGACACCUACAAAAUCUGGAAGCGCGACGGGAACCUCCGCGCUGACACCUCCCUCGCCGGGUUCGAUGGCUUGAAGAUCCAGCGCGCUGACCAGAGCUUCCUCUUCCUCGGCGACGGAGACCAGGCGCGUGAUAUCCCCUCCGGCUCCCUGCUCGUCCUGAACCGCGACGACCGCAGUGUCUUCGACCCCUUCGAGAACGCCGGAGGGCCGAUGAGUGAGGCUGAUGUCGCCGCAUUCUGCUCCCAGACGAGCGUGUACCGUCCCGGCAUGGACGUGACGAAGGCGGAGCUCGUAGGGAGAACGAAUUGGAGGAAGCAGGAGAAGACGGAGAGCGUGGGAGAGUGGAAGGCGAAGGUGUACGAUGUGCAGAACGUGGUUUUCAGCUUCCGGUCACGGAAGAUUGCCGGAGCGGCGGGGAGCGAGCAGGUGCUGGAUGAAGACGACGAGGGUUUUCUGGCGGCGGAGAAAAAGAAGGAGUGGGUCCCACAACCGCGGACGAAGGAGAAAGAGUACGUUAAAAGCUUACGGCCGUCGAUCUGGCUGACGGAGCAGUUUCCGUUGAAGACGGAGGAGCUUCUGCCGUUACUGGACAUCCUGGCCAACAAGGUCAAAGCGGUGCGGAGGCUCAGAGAGUUGCUAACUACCAAGUUACCGCCGGGAACUUUUCCAGUUAAGGUGGCUAUACCGGUAGUUCCUACGGUGAGGGUGGUGAUUACAUUUACAAAAUUUGUGGAGCUGCAACCGGUGGAGCAAUUCUACACACCGUUCUCAAGUCCAAGGCAUUUGAGCAGUGAAACAGGCAGAGUAGAUGAGGAACACAAACCAGAAAGGCAUCGCUCCUCUUCAUCAUCAUCUUCUGUUGCAUACAAAUGGCUGAGACGAAAUAAUAGCAUGUCUCGUGCGGGGAAUAAGCAGCAGCAACCUCAAUGUUCCUCCAUGACAUUGGAUUGUGACACUUUUGCCAUUCCUGCUGGGUAUACAUGGACGAGUGUGGACAGUAAAUCUAGCAAAAUGAAGAAAUCCAAGUCUGUGAGAAAGUCCAAGUAACCCCUAGAGAGACAGGACAUGAAUGAACCAAUAGGGAUCAUGUCUAAUUUUGUUAAUUAGGUAGGUACAGCGUCCAAAUAUAGAGAUAUAGAAAGGUUCUUAGAGAGGCACAUUAGAGUUAGAGCUACAUUUCUUUGUUCACAGUUUUGUUUCACGUUUCUUAGCUAUAUAGAUAGAUUCUUUUCUUUCAAUACUGCCCAAAAAGGGGCUAAAGUUAGCAUGUAGCUAAGUUAAAAUAACGAUAAUUACCACCCUACUUGUCCUAGAGAUUGUCCAAAUUUUCAAGACUGGUAUGGCAUUUGGAAAAGGAUUAAUUAUUGUGGUCACUUUUUCAUGAACUCACUACAGCUUUGUUUGGAUUGGCUUUUUCAUCCCUUAAUCUUUGU